AUACUCAAAAUAUACUCUGAUAAUGCCCUGAUGUAUAUUCGACCCAAAUCGGCUAAUCGAUUUCUCUACGUCUUGUAGGCGGUGCAGUGCUUAUCGAGGGUGUCCUCUUCAGGGCCAAGUACUUAGGCUCCACGCAGCUGGUCUGCGAGGGUCAGCCCACAAAGUCGACGCGCAUGAUGCAGGCCGAGGAGGCCGUUUCCCGUAUCAAGGCGCUGGCACCCGAUGGCGAUGUUCAGCCCAGCACCGAAGUGGAUCCUUUUAUAUCAACGGAAAAGAUAAUGGUGCUGAACACGGACUUGAAGGAGAUCAUGAUGGAUCAUGCUCUGCGCACAAUCUCCUAUAUAGCGGACAUUGGGGAUCUGGUGGUUCUUAUGGCUCGACGGCGCUUUGUUCCGCAGGACAUCGACGAUGCACCCAAGCCGAAUCGUACGCCCAAGAUGAUCUGUCAUGUGUUUAAGAGCGGCGAGGCGCAGUUCAUUGCCCAGUCCAUUGGGCAGGCCUUCCAGGUGGCCUACAUGGAGUUCCUCAAGGCCAACGGCAUCGAAGACCAUCGGUUCGUCAAGGAGAUUUACUAUCAGGAGGUGCUCAAUAGCCAGGAGAUCUUUGGCGACGAGCUCGAGAUCUUUGCCAAAAAGGAGCUGCAAAAGGAGGUCGUUGUACCCAAGGCCAAAGGCGAGAUACUCGGUGUGGUCAUUGUCGAGAGCGGUUGGGGCUCCAUGCUGCCCACCGUCGUCAUUGCCAAUCUGAUGAGCUCCGGUGCGGCUGCCCGCUGUGGCCAAUUGAAUAUCGGUGAUCAGCUUAUCGCCAUCAACGGACUGAGCCUUGUGGGUCUGCCGCUCUCCACCUGCCAGACGUACAUCAAGAACACCAAAAACCAGACCGUAGUCAAGUUCACAGUGGUGCCCUGCGCCCCCGUUGUUGAAGUGAAGAUCAAGAGGCCAGAGACCAAAUAUCAGCUGGGUUGGGUUUCAGUGUUCAGAAUGGUGUGAUCUGCAGUCUCCUGAGGGGCGGCAUAGCCGAGCGAGGGGGCGUUCGUGUUGGCCAUCGCAUCAUUGAGAUUAACAACCAGAGCGUGGUGGCAGUGCCCCACGAGAAAAUCGUUAACUUGCUAGCCACUUCAGUGGGGGAGAUACUCAUGAAGACGAUGCCCACGUCCAUGUUCCGCCUGCUCACUGGCCAGGAGAACCCCAUAUAUAUUUAAGUCCUGGGAAAAAGGGAAACUGGAUGGUGGAUGAUAUUGUUAACUAUGAACCAUAUGAAAGAUAUUAUAUGAUAUAUAUAGAAGAUGUGUGUGUAUGCUUGCAUACAGAGUGUACGUACCUUGAUGUGUACGUAUAUGCGUGUAUAGGCUUAGGAAGAUAUGAUUUAGCUUACCUACAUAUAUCUACAGAAG